UUUUGGCGGCGAUCCAGCCGGCACAAGAGCCCUGUUUACAGGAGUGAUGCUGAGGUUAAUGUUGCAAAAGACUUCAUCAAAGCUUUUAGUCGCUGCUACAGCAGAAGCGCCUCACCGGGGGCCGGGCUGCGCACACAGGGAUGAGCCGCCGCAGCCCCGCACUCGCUGCCCUUUGUUCGGCCGAUUCCGGUCUCAGUCCGAGGCACGGAACUCACUUUCUGAGUGUGCCGCCAUGGCGAAUUUGAAAUAACGAGCGAGAUCUAACUAUGAUUCAUUUUCAAAGCUGCACACGAAACUCCGUUGUAGCUACUGUUCUGUGGGAAAAAAACACCACUGUUUGAGUGUUAAAUAAAUACUGCAUUGCGCAGCGACCUCAGGGGAACUCUUUUGAGCUCAUCCAGCUGCCAAAAAUAUUUUUUCAAAAUGCAUGUUUAUUCACGUGGAGAGGACGGGAAAUGCUGUCGCUGUAUGUUUCAUGCUGCCGGUCUCAAAGAAACCGAAACCGGGCUGUCUCAGAAGAAGCUCUAGAUCUAACCAGAGGUAAAGCAAAAGCCUCUCUGCGAUCACCAGAUCCUACUUAAUUAACAGCUUUAACAGCGCUUUUUCAGCACCAGCACUUUGUAGGUAGGUGCAGUUUUCCUACCAGGUUCACGCCGAGCUCUGCUGCAAUGUGCAAGCUCUAUGUGUUUCUAUUUUUCUUGGCAUUUGCAGCGUUUAUUCUUUUCAGCACUAGGGCUGAGUGACCUUAGCAAUUGCCAGCAAGGGGACUCCAUCUGAUGAAAGCAGGUGAAAGGGAAAAUACGGGCGGGAACUCGGUAAAGCCAAGUCAUACCUCUGAGGAGGUGUGGUCCUGUUCCCUACCUGGCCGCGGUCACAGCACUUGUGAAAUAUAAAAGGGGGAAAGGCUGUUGUUUCUCAAGCAAUCUGUUGCCAAGGAUCCCGCAGCGAGAAGGAAGGGAGGUGCUGGAAGAAAUGCAGAGCAAGAACUCUGGAGCGUCAGCUGCAAAAGGUGCCUCUGAGCCUCGGGAACACCGUCAGCUCUUCUCCGGAGGUGCCCCGGCUGGGGUGAGGGUUGCGUGGUAGCUGUGCUCCCUUCCUCAGCAGGCUUAGGAGGAGAACGAAGCCACCAUGUCCCCAGGAGGAGCAGCCGGACAUGGAGCUGCCAAGCCCCAGGACCAGGGAUGGGCUUGGAUGGUCCUGCUGGCCACCGUGCUGCUGCAGGGGUUGACACUGGGCUACCCCCCCUGCAUCGGGGUCUUCUUCACCGACCUCCAGCGCGAGUUCCAGGCCAGCAACAGCGAGACGUCGUGGUUCCCGUCCAUCAUGGUGGCCGUGCUGCAUGGAGGUGGGCCCCUCUGCAGCAUCUUGGUGAAGCGCUUUGGCUGCCGGUUCGCGGUGAUGCUGGGGGGGCUGCUCAGCGGCGCGGGGAUGGUGUCCAGCUCCUUCUGCGGGUCCAUCGGCCAGCUCUACCUGACAGCCGGCUUCAUCACCGGUCUGGGCUUGUGUUUCAGCUUCCAGGCAGGAGUGACCGUGCUGGGCUACUACUUUGUGCGGUGGCGGACACUGGCCAACGCCAUCGCAUCCAUGGGCGUCUCUCUGGGGUUCACGCUGUGGCCGCUGCUUUCUCAGUACUUGCUGGAUGAGAUGGGCUGGAGGAACACGUUCCUGAUCUUCGGGGGAAUCCUGUUGAACUGUUGCGUUUGUGGAGCCAUCAUGAGACCGGUCCAGCUCGCGUCAGGGGCACGACCACAGUCACCCAAGCCUGCAGAGGAGCUGGGGAAAACAGCAGAAGGGGCACAACUGUCCAACGGAGCAUCUUCUCCCCACCCCGAGCUCCGGCAGCAGAGCAGAAGGACCGCGUGCUUCCAGAUGCUGCAAAAGUACCUGGCUUUUGACAUCUUCUGCCAAAACAAAGGUUACAGGAUUUACACUGUUGGAGUGACCUGGAUGAUGAUGGGGUUUGCGUUACCCCACAUCUACCUCGUGCCUUACGCCAUCCAGAACGGGGUGGAGGAACGCAGGGCGGCCCUCCUCAUCUCCAUCAUUGGGUUCAUCAACAUCUUCAUCCGCCCUUUGACAGGGCUGCUUUCAGGACACAGCAUCUUCACCAGGAGACGCAUCUACCUGUUCAGCCUGGCCGUGCUCCUCUACGGGCUGAGCAACUUCAUUUGCGUCAUUUCGGCCGAGUUCAGCGUCCUCAUCAUCUACUGCAUCAUCCUCAGCAUCGCCAUGAGCGGCGUCGGGGCGCUGCUCUUCCAGGUGCUGAUGGACGUGGUGGAGAUGGACAGGUUCUCAAGUGCUCUAGGGCUCUUCACCAUCCUGGAGAGCAUCACCCUCCUCAUCGGAGCGCCGCUCACAGGAAUACAGGGUCGUGUUGUCCCAAAUCCUCCCACCGAUACAAACAUCCAGGGCAAAACAGGCAACAUGUGGUGUAAGCUACAACCCGUCGGAAUUUACCACUGCUCUUUGAUACUCCCAGGCUCAACAGCGGGACUCACGUGCAGAGGCGGAGAGAUGUUUGUGGGAAGAAAAACAAUGAAUUCACAAACCCAUUGUUUUCAACGUUUCUCAUCUUGUUGACUAAAACCUUCCUAGCAGCCUUACAGAAUCUAAACUGCCCCAAAACAGCACUAUCUCCCCCCAUUCCUUUCCACGGACCCUUCAGAAGUGACCCACGAGGCUGGAAAGAAAUGUCAGAGGGAGGAGAGGUAACAUUUUAGGCUGUGUUUCCACAGGGAAUUAAGAUGUCUGAGCCCCUGUAACAGCAAAAACUACCCCCCCUUGCUAUUCCACAGCCUUCCUAUCUCUCUUUCAACCUGAACUCCAAGUUGCCUUGAGCUUUGUAAAGCCCAGCUGAAGGGACUGUGUGUACCAAGCCUGCUACAGCGUAGUAAAUAUCCUCCCCGAGCGAUUGGACAGAGCAGUAACACUCAGUCCUUAAGAAUCUUGAGGCCCAGAAGAAAAAUAAAGCAAUAAAAGUUCUUUUCAUUAGCUUAAGGUCAUCACAUUACACAAGGCGACCACAGCUUAAUUAGCACCACCCCUUCCCUCAUGAAGCAGGUUUUUUAACACCUACAGACAGUAACUUAAUGCUGGCUUUAACUAUGGACAAACUCCAACACCUCAGCCAGGUUACAAACCUGAGGAGCAGAGCAAGUAAAGAAUGCCAGAAAUCAAUGUUCAUUACUUCCCUCGUCCCCACUUGGCCCUCCGUGCUCCCUUUAUCAUUCAAAGUAUCAUUAACCUCGCAAGAUAAGCAUUUUUGCAACAAGCACCUUUCCUUACUGCAACGGAACAUUCACCAGGAAGUUCACGGUGAAAUAUUGCAAGAUCGUGAUCCUUAAAAACAAAAAUAGCCUUAGAUACCCUGCCAAUGUAAUUCUUGGAGAAGUUUAAUAAAAACCCGAAGAAAGGUCACAGUAAACUUCUACAAUCCCAAACACCUCAGAAGUGCAAAAUCACUUAAAAUAAGAGCUUGGUGUUCUGUUUGCAGGCCUGGCAAAGGUCUACAAGAAAAGAAAGGUAACUACUAGAGGAAAAUUCGCGGAAUUCUAACUUUGGCGUGAUAUCAAUGCCGCCAGACCGGCCCCCGGAGCUGCGAAUACCCCGGCUGGACCAGCCCAUUCUGUGCUAACUGUUCUGGCAACCAGCAAGGGCUUGGAGCAUUCAGACAAUUAAACAAUACAGCAAGUAGUGGGUGAGUAAACAGCCUGAGUAAGAGGGUUACAUACCCCAGGCAACUCUGCCUCCUGCCAAGGGAUCUGGACGAUCAGGACAAGCUCACCACGUUAAGCCAGCUCAAAGCCAGAGCUGGUAACAAGACAGGUUGUGUAGGCAGCGCUGGUACGGUCUGCAACUGUAGAAAAGCUGUGAGGAGCGCACAGCCUGAGGGUGACUGUGAGCAAACUGCUCCAGCGGGCAGCUCCAACACGGCGAAUUCAGCGCGAAAUGUUUGGCACAUCUCUCAACCAGCUGCGGUCAAACUCGAGGCAAGACGAGCGCUGGAAGGGGCACGGAGGACACGUCCAGGGGUUGCUCCUGGUGACACUGGACGGUGUGACCUGCAGAUGAAACUCGGCCAGCAGACACCGGCCGUUCCAAACACCGCGCCGGGGGACAAAGGUCUUUCUGUGCAUGCAAAAUUACACCGACUGACCACAGACCUAGUGCUUACAAGUAGAAGCAAUCACAUCUUUCUUCUUUAAAUACCGUUUUUCAGCCCUAUUUAGUCAAUCCCAGCAUCCUUAAUCGCCUGUCUCUGCAUUGACUAGCUCUGUUUGCUUUCCCCCAUUAGUCACUGACUUUCUGUGUAAUGACAGAUGUGGCUUUAGUGUGUCAACACUCACCACUCACAAAGGCACACGUGAAAAGAGAUUUAAUACACACUCUAACAAUAAACAUUCUACUAUAGAAGAGGCCCGUAGCACCUUCGUUGAUCAUUUUCAUACUCAUUUUCAUUCACACACUGUCUCCAGCUGAUAAUUAUGAUACGAGAUGCAGUUGCUACCACAGGCCUGGUUUGCACUUUGAUACCAGGUAGAAAUAAAUAAAUACAUCCACAUUCCGUCCUCCCACACCACCACAACGUUAAAAGAUUCAGCAUCACAGUAUUCGGUGCAGCUUCUUUGCUCAUCCUGCUGCUUAAUGUGGUCACGGGCAGAUAUUUCACUACACCCAGCUGUGUGGUAGGAGAGACCCUGAUUCCCCCCAAAAAAAUUGAUUUUUGCUCCAAAACGUAUUACUUUUUUACACUUAUAGCUGCCUGGACACUAUUUAAAUUGAUUUUUUAAAUGAACUGCAAGUAGGGCUUAUUUUUUGAGUUGGGCUUAUACUUCAAGCAAUCUGAAAAAUCACGUUAAGGCUUAUUUUUGGGGUAGGGCUUAUUUUUGGGGAAACAGGAUUAUCAGCCCAACGCUCAUCACUGAUGUCCUGGGCAGAUCGGUCCACGCUCAACUUGCUUUAUACGAAAAUCAGCUGCAUUUGUGAUAAUACAAACGGCAACACCAGUUCGCAACCUGUUACCCAAUCUAUAGAAUUUAUGUGUAUUUAAUUGCUUCAAUAAAAGCAAUGCAAAUUUC